AUGUUACAGAGAAGGAUUUUAAAGUAUCAAACUGAAACUCAUCGAUCCCAUCAUUCACAUCAACCAAUACCAAAUUUUACUAGUAUUGUAGAUCAACAACAACAACAACAGCAACCAGAACAACAACAACAAAUAGUUAUUCAACAAACAUCACCAAAUAUAUUAUCAUCUUCAACCAAAUCUGAAGAAUUUCUAUCAUUUCAAUCAGCAUCUACACUAAGUACAGUGAAUAGUUAUACGACAGCAACAAGCGAUACAUCGAGUGAAGUAAUGUCAGAGCCUACAACCGUUCCUUUGCCAGGAACCAACAACAAACACCAGCAGCAUCAGGUGGAUGGUGCAGACUACAAACCAACAUCCAAACCAAACAUGCCACCUCCACCACCACCCAGAUCAAUGUCCAAUAGUACUGCGAGUACUAGCACCACGAGUACCACCUCGACUACAUCUACUAGCGCUACAUCCAAUAUUGAAAAUGGACAUGAUGAUGCACCAAAAUGGUCAUUACUUCACAAUAGAAUGAAAGGGAUCGAUGAUAAACUGGAUCCACUCAAACGUGGAAGUGUAUUAAUAGAACAUCUCUCAGAGAUGCACAAAUUGGCAACAAGCCAAGUCAUAUCGGGUGAAGAGAAUGGCAAUGAAAACAAUCAUAGUGAUGACGCUGACAAUAGCGAAAACAGCGAUGAAUAUGACAAGGAAGCAGAGAUUCGAAAACAAUUGGAACAGGUCAAAGUAGAGACUGAAGAGGAACAUGAAAUACCUCAAGUCAGAAUAGAUGUCAGUGGUUCAACAACUGUCGAUCAUAUUACAGAAGCAUCUCAUUUCAAAAAGAUUCCAUCACCAACAUCUAGUACAUCAUCAACUCCACCUCCCACAAAUUCUACCAGUUCCACAAACACAACCUCUACCUCCUCCUCCUCUACACCUUCUCCAUCUCUACAACCACCAUCAGAAGCAAUUGUUAUGGCUGGUAUCAAUCUUUUCAAUGACAAACCAAAAAAGGAAUUCCUUCGUACUUGUCCACUUUUAAAUAAGAGAUCAAUUGGUGAUUAUUUAGGUGAAUCUGAUCCAUUUUCUAUAUCCAUUUUAGAGGCAUUUAUUGCAAGAUUUAAUUUCCAAGAUUUAGAUUUUGAUAUGGCUUUGAGACAAUUAUUGUAUACUUUUAGAUUACCUGGCGAGGCACAAAAGAUUGAUAGAAUAAUGCAAAAGUUUGCAAACCAAUAUUAUAAAGACAACAUAAAGAGUGGAAUCUUUGAAGACCCAGAUUCCGUAUACGUUUUAGCCUUUGCUAUUAUCUUGUUGAAUACCGAUGUACAUAGUCCAGCAAUCAAACUUUCCAUGACCAAAGUCAAAUUUAUCAAAUCACUUGCCAAGAUCAACAAUGGAAAGGAUUUCCCAACAGAAUUUAUCGAAGAUCUUUAUGAUAGAAUAUUUGCUGAUGAAAUUAAAAUGGAUCCUACUCAAGCAAAAUUCCCAUAUGCAGUUAAAAAAGGAUGGUUAAAUAUUAGAGUUAAAGGAAAGGUAACAGAGAAAUGGAGUAGAAAGUGGUGUAUUCUUAGUGAAGGAUCAUUAUAUUUCUUUAGAAAGCCAUCGGAUACUACUCCAACUAGAUAUCUCCAUCCAGACACUGUAAUUACACCAAAGAAGGAGCUGAAAGGCAAGAAAUACUGUUUCAUGGUCAAUCACAGCUCACCACCACUUUUGAUGGAGCUUUUGCAACAACAACAAAUCGCCGACCCGUCCAAGGCUGGAAAGAGCAUGAAAAUCACACAACAAUGGGUGUACCAACAGAUGUUGCUCAUGUCGACAGCCAACAACAAGAAAAAGGAACCACGUUUCUGGGACUCAGUGGCCGAAAAGUAUACUAGCGAACAGUUGCAACAACAAAUGUUGACGAUGCAACAAACCAAUGACUCGAGCUCAGAUAUUCUCGACUCGGACAGUGUCUCGUCCAUGGAUACUUCAGAGUCAUCAGCCUUUUACGAAGAGGAAGUUAGUUCCAUUUCAUCGUCUUCUUCAUCUCCCAAUUCGCCGCUCUCUACAUCUGUUCCCCAAAACAACAAUACGUCCUAUCUUGGUGGCGGACCACAACAAGCCGAUCCCAAAAAGAAGGGAUUCUCACUACGUCUAAACUCCAAACAAAAGAAAGAGUUGUCUGAGCAACCAACCUCUCUCACUCCUCCCUCUUCAUCCAAUCCACACAACCUCUCACCUCGUCCUGUAAACCAACACAACAAUCAAACACCAAACCAUUCACUUACACAACCACGUCCUACUCUUUACAAGAAUGGCAGUGGAUCUUUAUUGCGUUCAUCUAGUAUCUCUACCUUUUCAACACCAGCCAGUCUUCAAACCACCCCUCACCUCAUCAACAAUGGAUCCAGUCCAAGCAGCUCAUCGUCGAGUCCCGGUUCCAAUAGCUCGUCCUCGUCCUCAUCUGCCAAACCUUCACCAUCAUCCACGCUCAUGGCAGUGAUUGAAUCGUCGCCUCAACAAAUCGAAACCCUCAUGAAACUCCAACAAAAAAUGAUCAAAACAUCCAAACAAACCACCGUCUUGCUCUGCACCGACAGCAAGAGAGAAAUGGAGUCUUGGACCAGACUAAUCUUGUCUCAAUUCCAACAACAACAACAAAAACAACAUCUCCCCAAAUAUCUAUAG